GCCGCUCCGGUACAGUGACAGUCCGACCGACCUGUCUCCAGUCUGUCCGAGAUGUUAUACAAACUGCUUUAGCCCAUUUCAGCUAAUUUGAGCCUGGUUUUACUCAUGUUCACAGCAGCCAAAUGAACCGAACAUUGACAUUUCCGAGCAGCAGCUGAUACUUUCACGGACAGAAAUGGCGGACAAUGAAAUAGAUUAUAAUAUCGUGUUUCCAGAUGCGGGGACAUCGGAGAGGCACUGGCAGGGGACAAAGGAGCCAGUUGUGAUCCUGUUGGGUUGGGCUGGAUGCAAAGACAAACAUCUCUCCAAGUACAGCUCCAUUUACAACGAACAGGGGUGUGUCACCAUCCGCUACACAGCUCCACUGAAGACAGUCUUCAUCUCAGAGUCUUUUGGCUACAAGGAGUUGAGCAGCACAGCCCUGAAGCUGCUGGAGAUCCUCUAUGACUAUGAAGUGGAGAACAGUCCUAUUUUCUUCCACAUAUUCAGUAAUGGAGGCUUUAUGCUGUACAGGUACAUCGUAGAGUUGUUACACAGUGACAAACAGUUCAGCUCCCUGUGUGUGAUAGGGGCCUUAGUGGACAGUGCCCCCGGCAGUGGGAACGUACGUGGGGCCCUGCGUGCACUGACAGCCACCCUGGGGCCCAAAAUAAGUCCUGUCUUGAGGUACGUCCUGCUAGCACUGUUCGCAGUGACUGUUUUCAUGUUGCGGGUGGUGUUGUACCCAGUGACCAAGUACAUACACAAGAACCACUAUGACGCCGUACAGGACAGACCGCCGUCCUGGCCUCAUCUGUACCUGUACUCCAGAGCCGACCAGGUCAUCAGGCACAGGGACAUUGAAGUAUUCAUGGAGAACUUCAGGCUCAAAGGUGUCCCGGUGGAGCAUUUUGAUUUUGUUUCCAGUCCCCAUGUUGGUCAUUUUCGGGAUUUUCCUGAGCAGUAUGCUCGUAAGUGCCGUGAUUUCCUGGUUGCUUGCAUGAAGGACUUGGAAGGAACUGAAGUCAAGAGGAGACACCUUAUUCAAAGUCAGUGAGACACACUUCAGGAAGGGAUUCAGAAGAAUAGCAGCUGUUUGUGCAGUAUUUUUAACAAAACUAGGCGCUGUCGUCUCCUCUGAGGUCAAACAACACUCUUGAAAUCAAUGCCUAAAACUUUUGGCAAGAUUUCCAGUUCAAUCUUGUUGAUGUUUUUCUGUGUCUGCACAUAACCUGAAGGUUCCACCGAUGUGGACGAGGUGUGCCAUGUGUUAAUCCUCAUGUGGAAGACCAGCUGUACACAUUGAAACACUGUAAGUCACAUGUUCACGUGUGACACUAAGGCCUUACCCAUCCUACCUACUUACAUACCACUUCAAGAAAUAAGAUAAUGUCAUACACUGGAAAAAACUGAGUUAUUUAGGCUGAUAUAAAUUGUAUUUAAUAUUGCUGUGAAAUGUUAUGCAUUGUAGAUUAGUAGUAGUGACUAAGACUGACCGGGCAGAGUAUUGGUAAUUAAUAAUAAUAAAUUAAUGUCUUCUAUUUAUUGAAUUUUAAAUACUGUUAUGGUUUUAAUCUUACAAUUGGUCAUUAAAAUGAGAUCGGGAGGUGCUUCUAAUGAAGGCAACAUGAUGAAGAAAUCACAAUGAUUAAUCAGAUGAUUGACCCACUGUCUUUGAAUUGUUGCCUUUAAUUGUAAACGCUUUUGAAUGAUUUCUGUCCAUGAUUUGUGGAAUACCCUGCCCUAAUCGGUGAUGCAACUUUGAUUAGUUUAAGGAAAAAAAACGUGAUUGACAGUGAAUGUAUAUGUCCAGCACAACUGUUGUUGUUCCUUCUAACUUAUGUGCCUUCAAUAAAUCCGAAUGCUCAUA